AUGGUGCAGUCACCGAUGCUCUCGUGUCCGCUGAAGCAGACCAACGAGAUCGAUUGGAUCCAGCCCCUCAAGGAUUACAUCCGACAGACCUAUGGCGAGGACCCCGAGCGCUACGCACAGGAAUGCGUGACUCUUAAUCGGCUUCGCCAGGACAUGAGAGGCGCCGGUAAAGACAGCGCAACUGGCCGCGAUCUCUUGUACCGAUACUAUGGCCAGCUGGAGCUUUUGGAUCUACGAUUCCCCGUCGACGAGAACCACAUCAAGAUCUCGUUCACAUGGUACGACGCAUUCACCCACAAACCUACCUCUCAAUACUCCCUAGCCUACGAGAAAGCGUCCAUUAUCUUCAACAUCUCCGCCGUCCUCUCUUGUCAUGCCGCCGAUCAGAAUCGCGCCGAGGAUGCCGGGCUCAAGACAGCAUAUCACUCCUUCCAAGCAUCUGCGGGGAUGUUCACGUACAUCAAUGAGAACUUCCUGCACGCGCCCUCCACCGAUCUGAACCGGGAUACCGUCAAGUCUCUCAUCCAUAUUACACUCGCCCAGGCCCAGGAAGUGUUUCUCGAGAAACAAGUCGCAGAUGGAAAGAAACCCGGCUUUCUUGCGAAGCUGGCGAGUCAGUCUGCCUAUCUGUUCUCACAGGCAGGCGAAACAAUGCAGGACUUCGUCACCAAGAAUGUGUUCGACAAGGUCUGGUCAAUCAUAGUCCAGGCGAAGACGGCGCAUCUGAGCUCAGUGGCUUCCUACUUCCAAGCUAUCGCAGAUUCUGAGAGCGGCUCUCAUGGUGUUGCGAUUGCGCGACUUCAGCUUGCCGACAAGCAAUCGUCUACUGCAAUGAGCUGCGCCAAAGGAUUCCCCUCCUCGCCGCCCACAACAUCCAACCUUACUGCCGAGGCCGGUAGCACCUUGAUGGAUCUCAUCAAGCAUCACCACGCGAACGUGCAGGCCCAGCUCAAUUCGAUGACCAAGGACAACGACUUCAUCUACCACCAGCCAGUUCCCAACGAGGCAGGUCUCUCGGCUGUUGCCAAGCUCCCGGCUGCGAAGGCGAUCCCGGUUAGCGAGCUCUACCAAGGCCAAGACAUUCAGCGCAUCAUUGGCCCCGACAUCUUCCAGAAACUCGUACCCAUGGCCGUCACCGAAAGUGCCAGUCUGUAUGAUGAGGAGAAGGCCAAGCUAAUCCGCGCGGAGACCGAAAAGGUAGAGACCGCUAAUGGGGAGAUGGCUGCUAGCCUGGACUAUUUGAAGCUACCUGGCAGUCUCAACAUCUUAAAGGGUGGCAUGGACCAAGAAAUGACAGUGGAUGAAGAGUUCCGCCGCUGGUGCUCAGAACUCGGUGGUCAUAAACCAUUCAAUAAGGCAUUCGACGAACUACAAGACCGAAAGGCUGAGGUUCAAGCAGCAUUGGAUGGGUGCUCCAAACAGCUCGAUCUCGAGGAGAGUGUCUGCGAAAAGAUGCGCUCUAAGUAUGGGGCCGAUUGGAGCCAACAGCCCAGUGCUCGCCUCAACACGACUCUGCGAGGAGACGUCCGCGCAUAUCGGGAUACCAUCAGCGAAGCUAGUGCAAGUGAUACUCAGCUAUCUGCUACCUUCCGACAAUACGAAGGCGAUUUCGAUCAGAUGCGAUCUGCAGGGGAAACUGAUGAAGCCGAUGUUCUUUUCCAGCGGGCCAUGGUCAAGGCCGGAACCAAGCAAUCCAAGGGCAAAAAUGGAGUGUCCAGCCCCGCCGAGGGUAGUCUCUUAGAUGACGUUGAUGAGGGUGGCAUUUCUGUUUCCGACCAAAUCAACCGCGUAGAAGAGAUUUUGAAGAAGCUUAAUCUCGUCAAACGGGAACGCUCUCAAGUGUUAAAGGAUCUCAAAGAGAAGGUUCACAAUGAUGAUAUCUCCAACGUUCUGAUUCUAAAUAAGAAAUCUAUCGCCGGUCAGGAAAGCCAGCUCUUCGAAGCCGAGCUCGAAAAAUUCCGCCCACAUCAGAACCGCUUGCUGCAGGCCAAUCACAAGCAGUCGUCACUGAUGAAGGAAUUGACAAAGACAUAUGCCGACCUUCUUCAGGACAAGCGUGUUCAGGCCGAGCAGUCCAAGUACGAAGGUAUCACGAGACAGAGAAACUCCGUGAUGGCGCGAUACAAGAAGAUUUAUGAGGCUUUCAAUGGGCUGUCGUCGGGAAUUGUGCAAGCACGCACUUUCUACAAGGAAAUGGGCGAGAACGUGGACAGCCUGCGGAAGAACGUCGAGACUUUCAUCAGCAAUCGUCGAUCGGAAGGUGCGCAGCUCCUAAGUCAGAUUGAACGGGACAAAGCAAGUGGUGUCUCAGAGCAGGAGGAUCGUGAGCGAGAGAAGCUUCGGCAGCUGAUGGAGCGUCUUUCCACGGAACCCAAACCAUCGUCGACUUCGCCCUCCACCGGCGCUGCAGCAGCACCGCCAGCGCCCACUAACGCCAAAUCACCUCCGCCUCCUGUUCAGACUCCUUCGUAUUCGGCCACUGGCCCGGAAGCCAGAAUGUCGCCGCGGUAUCCGCCAACCAUGCCCGGAGCACCACAACAUGGCGCUCCUCUAUCGCACUCCCCUGCGCCAUACGGCCAAUAUGGCAUGCACGUCAACCCAGGAUAUAUGCCUACCCAGCCAUUCCAGCAGGGUGCUGCUGCGCCUCUCUCUGACGGGUACAACCCGAUGGCUUACCCCUACCGGACACCCGUCUCGCCACCUCCGAACCAGCAAUUCUUCUCUCAAACGCCUACUGCAUAUGGUGGAUACACCAGCGCCAGCCCUGCCCCUUCUGCUACCGUACCUACCCCUCAAUCGCAGUACAUUGCCCCGCAAGGCUACAUUCCUCCCCCGCCUCCUCCUCGGCCGCAGCAGCCUAGCUACCCCCCUUCGACCGGUCCGUACCCAUCUGGCCCUGGUGGUUAUGCCCAGAGUCGACCAUCCUUCGGUCACCAAAAGGCUCCUUCCCAAUCCCAGCAGCCGUCUGCAACGAACGACCCUUGGGCAGGGUUGAACGCAUGGAAAUAG